UGGCGUUUACAAAUUUGAAAUUUGAUGUUAUAUUUUCAAAUUUCACAUUAAAUAGUACUAAAUUUACGUGUAGUGACUUAUGUUUCAUUCUAUCAAGUGUGGUAGUAGUCUGGUAGUUGAAUUCUAGUCCUCUGCUGAGUGCUGAUUUUUUAAGCUUAAUGGGCGAAAACAUUUUUUUUUCAAGUUGUGUUUUCAGUGUAAUAUUCUGUUUUAGAAUAAUUUCAGCAAUUUAUUCGCAUAUAACCGACUGCGAUGAAACCUAUAAUUAUUGGGAACCAAGCCACUAUUUACUAUUCGGAAAUGGUUUCCAGCCAUGGGAAUAUUCUCCCCAGUUUGCUCUGCGAUCUUAUUUAUAUAUCUUAAUAUAUAAUGCUCCUGCCUGGAUUUUUUACAAGGUAUUCCAUCCUAGCAGAUUAUUUUUAUUUUACCUGACACGCUGCUGUUUGGCAGCGUUUUGUGCCAUUUGUGAAACAUUUUUCUACAGGAGUGUUUGUCGUGAAUUUAGUGACAAUGUUGGACGGAUUAUGUUGGUAAUUUUGUUAUUUAGUCCUGGUAUGUUCAUAGCUUGCACAGCUUUCCUACCUUCUAGUUUCUCCAUGUAUAUGACUAUGUUAUCGAUGUCCUCUUGGUUUGAUAAGAAAUAUCCUUUAGCUGUAUUUUUUGUUGCUGUUUCUUCGCUAUUAAGUUGGCCAUUUGCCGGAAUUAUUGGAUCUCCCAUUGCUUUUGAAAUUGUCUUCCUACAAAAAAGAUGGCGCCAAUUUCUGAAAUGGUGUAUUUUGUCUGCGAUUAUAAUUUUGAUUCCGUUAUCGCUGACAGACUAUAUGUAUUAUGGGAAAUUUACCUUAACACCUUGGAAUAUCAUCAAGUAUAAUAUUUUCACGUCACAAGGACCAAACUUAUAUGGAAAAUCUCCUUGGUACUUCUACAUCUUGAACGGAUUCCUGAAUUUUAAUAUUUCUUUCUUGUUCGCGUUGUCAACACCUCUUUUAUUAAUAUGGAUUAAAAUGACCAUUUCAUCUGUAACUGGUAAUCGCUGUGGUCUGCCUUAUAUCUUAUCCUUAGGAUCACUAUACUUAUGGUUCAUUGUAUUCUUCACUCAACCUCAUAAAGAAGAACGAUUUUUGUUCCCUGUAUAUCCUUUGAUAGCUUUAUGUGGCGCCAUAGGUAUGGACAGAGUUCAAAUGCUAUGGUACAGAUAUUUCAUCAAAGGAAAGUUGUUUCAUUAUGUAAAAGUUACGCAGAAAAUAUCAAUCAUUGCGUUAAUCUGUUAUGUCCUUUUGGGAGUAUCUAGGAUUUUGUUGAUGUAUAAAAGUUAUCACGCUCCUACGUUUAUAUAUGGUCAAUUGAAGACAGUCAAAACCACCAUGAUCAAUAAAAAUGAAAUUAAUCUGUGUAUUGGUAAAGAAUGGCAUCGGUUUCCUUCGUCUUACUUUCUACCCGAUGGAUGGACGGUCAAUUUUAUCAAAACCGAGUUUCGAGGACAGCUGCCUGCUCAUUACCUGCCCAGCAAAGAAGCCUCAAAGAUCGUCAGAACUGAUAUGAAUGACUUGAAUAAAGAACAAGUUUCACGAUAUGUGAAUUUAAAUACUUGCGAUUAUCUUGUAGAUUUAGAUUCUGUUUCUCCUACUCCUUUAGAACCCAUGUAUUCGCGUCAUUCAAACUGGACUAGCGUUUAUUCGAUACAAUUCUUAGAUGGAUCUAGAACCCCACUGUAUGCCAGAUCAUUUUACAUUCCAAUUUUAUGGGAAUGGCAAAGCGUUUUUUCGGAUUAUUUUUUACUUAAACGGAAUGAAAAUACUUGAUCUUUUUCGAAAUUUCACUAUUAUCUACGUACAUAAUUAUUUGGUAUUUCAAAAUUUCUCAAACAGAAACGUAACUUCUGUAAAUUUUUAUACUAAUUUUUUCCAUUCAAAAUGUUAUUCGUUCAACUUAUUUUUCUAUAAUUUCGAAUUAAAUGAUAGAGAUAAUUAAGUAGAUACAAAAUAUUUUCGGGCAUUUGUAUUUUAUUCUUAUAGGUAUUUGUUGUUUGCUCAAACUGUGUUUUAGAUUAAUUUACUCAUACAUAUUUUAUAUUGACGUCUGUGAUAUGUUGACUGAUUGUAGUACUUCGAAUAGUGUUUCUGAUUUUUUAUUCAUCAUCAAAGAUACUUUGGUUCUUAAUUUUAAAAUUAAUUUGCAUUUUAAUCAUAUGAUUAUAUGUUGAUGUA